AAAGUGGAUUUACUGUUAAGUAAUAUAAGGAAAACAGCCAAUAGUAAAUUAUUAACCAUUGUUAGAUUUCCAAUCUCAACAAAAUGAGUAUUAUUGAACAGAAAAUUCCUCCCACUGAUAACAUGAAUGGGCAUAAAACGCAUCAUUUUGAAGAAAUUGAAAUACCUGUACCAUGGGGCCACGUAAGCGGCAAGAGGUGGGGACCAGUGGAUCAACAACCGAUAGUGGCAAUACAUGGCUGGCAAGAUAAUUGUGGGACUUUUGAUUCCUUGAUCGCAUUAUUGCCACCAGAAGUACCCAUUUUAGCAUUAGAUCUGCCUGGUCAUGGUCAUUCUUCCAGAUAUCCUCCUGGGCAUUUCUAUCAUAUAUUCUGGGAUGGGCUUCUCUUGCUUCGUAGAAUUGUUAAAUUUUACAAGUGGAAUAAGGUGAAACUACUUGGACAUUCCUUAGGAGGAGCAAUAUCAUUUUUAUACGCUGCAUCGUAUCCUGAUGAUGUAGAACUUCUGAUUAGUCUAGAUAUUGCAGCUCCUACUGUAAAAGGGGUCGCGAAAAUUACUCAAGCAACUGGCGAUACCAUAGACAAAUUUUUAAAGUAUGAAAUGCAGGAAUCUAGUAAUAUUCCGUCUUACACAUACGAUGAAGCACUUGACAUAGUAUACGAUGGUUAUAAAGGCUCCAUAACUAAAGAAAGUGCUGUAAUAUUAAUGAAACGUGGAACACGACCCAGUGGUGAACCCGACCGAUAUUGUUUUUCGCGCGAUGUACGAUUAAAGGCUUCCCUUUUGAAUAUGCCAUCCAUCGAUCUAAUGCUUUCCUAUGCAGCACGGAUAAAAUGUGCUUAUCUUAAUAUUCGUGCUGUAAACGGAUUGGUAUACGAUCAAGCCGAACAUUACGAUGACAUUUUAAAUGAAAUAAAAGUAGGUGCAAAGAGAUUCGAAUUUCAUGUGGUGGAAGGAACUCACCAUGUACAUUUGAAUAAUCCUGAAAGGAUUGCAACCAUAAUUACGAAAUUUAUUAGUACUUAAUGAUGAAGUAUUUUAGAUGACAUUAGACAGCAGCUGUGGAAUUCAAAAUUAAUUAUGUGCAGGUUACAUUAGAUGUAUUUCCACGUACGUUCGUUUUAGAAAAUCAAUGUAUUCUCUAUGCGUUAUGUACAGAUUUUCUGUUCUUCCGAGAUAUAAUGUAGCUUACACGAUAAAUUUAAUCUAGAAAAGUUACAACGACUUGUAAUGAAAUAUUUAAUAAUUUAAACGCACAACAGACAUUAUUUAUUUAAAGCAUACUGCUUAAUUUAUUCUACUCUCUUCCAAGUAUUAAUAAAAUAACAAAAUAUUGAACGUAACGGAUUCCUAUAUUUUUUUAACAUGAUACACUGAAGAAGAAAAGAAUAAAAAUAACAUAGCUGUUUACGAAUAAAAUUGAAUUUUCUCUUUUCCUCUUUAUUCCGAUGUGCAUCUUACGUUAAAAAUAAAAGUUGCCGUUUACAAGGUCAAUAAAUAACGCUAUUAUUAAAUCUAGCAGUUCAGUAUUUUUUUUUAACGGAUAUUUGGUCGACAACAACGGUAACGUAUUAAUACAGCAAGAACGCGAUGUAAUAAACUUAUACCGGUUUACGCUUCCAUACGUAACUACUCGACGAUAAAUUACUUCGAGGCGAUAUAAGCUAUUGUUUCGUUCCUUUCCUUAGUUAUAAAUUCUUAUCCUUAAAACAUUUCUCAAUAUUGUAUUUUGCGGUG